AUGGCAAAUUACAGGCAAGACCCUGUCGUGGUUCAUGACCCACUCAACCCACAUCUCGUUUACCUGGGCGUGCAGGUGCUGGAAUUUGUUCAUCGGAACCUGCCGCUGCUACGAAACCUUAUUGUCCACCUGUACGGCUUCAAUUACCUGCCGAUCCUUCCAGAACCCGUCUUGCUUCCGGGAUGGGAUACGCUGUGGAAUCAACUAGUCAGCUUCAACCUUGCGGAUGAAUCCGCCAAAGUCAGUCUCGUAGCUCGCAUAUUCCACAUAUCCCAACACCCCAUCUCUGUCACUGAGUCGACGUCGCUCCACAGCCUUCAUCGUUUCAUAGGCGGAGAUAGUCUUCGGUGGGAGACGAUAGGUAACGUGUUAAUGUUGGCCAAUUGCGAUCUGCUACACAUCCAUUAUCGCGACCUUGCCGGUGCAGAUCCGCGCCAACGAGAACCACCAGUGCUACGCUCGGAAUUUCAGCAAGUUACCGAGGUUUUCACGCAGCUGACUCGCGCCCUGCCAUAUAAUCGUUUUCUUCUGGCGUAUCACCAAUCGGACGAUUCUGGUCAGUCCCUUCACUCAUCCUUCGCUGAGAUCGUCUCUGCAACCUACACGGCAGGCUUUCAUCGUAUCAUCCCAUUGGCAGGAGGGCGCCUCAGCUUCGUACCGCAGUGGCGCCGACGAAUAUUCUCUAUGGUCUACACCAUGGAUAAGAAACUGGCGACGUUUCUUGACCGUCCGCCCCUAGUGACGCGUCAGUACUGUGACAUGGAGGCUCCGGCAGAUGUAAACAUAAGUGAUAGCGACGCCACGGGGAUGAGGAGCGAGGGGAUCUCGUUCGAUGCGCUUGGGUUCACUAUUGGGGGCAAAAGCUCUCCGAUCACGUUCAUUCGUCUUCGCUUUCUCCUCGCCAUCAUCAAGGAGGAGAUUCUUGAACUGCAGCUUGGCACAAACAAAUCGACUAUACCUGAAAAGACCCCACAAAUUCUAGACAGGCUCGACGCAUUGUGGCAGUCUUGUCCCAGCUACAUGAAAUAUACCAGUGAUAUGUGGCAGAUGCCGCUCGGGUGUGCGGAGACUCUUACUCAUCUCUACAAUUAUCUGGACUUCCUCCAUUGCAGGUUUCUGACUCUAAGACUUGCGCAACAUGAUACCUCCCAGGAGUGUUCCCAUCUGCUGAUUGUAGUGGCACAGGAGGUCCUUUCGACCUUGCUUGUCCUUAAUGAAGAGCGAGACAGGGUGAGAGAAGUGACCACUGAUUUAGCUCCAAUUUUUCUGCCCUAUGGACUUCCGAGUGCAGAGAUUCUCCUGUCUGAGAUGCUUCGCUAUGGCUCCAGUGCUGUGGGUAACAGGGACAUGUAUCCGAGCCUCUCACAUGCAAAAGCCCUCCGCAACCUCACCGUCUACGUCUCAUGUCUGUCAUGGGUGUCUCCUCGGGGUACCAGGAACUCUAGCUGCUGCAAGAAAGCCCAGGCACGACUCGAGCAGCUCUUGGACCGGAUCCUUGAUCCCAUUAGCACGGUCGGCGAUGUGGCACCGGAAAACGCGGGUCUCGGCAGUGAUAGGAUGGAAUGGGGCUAUGCUCCGUUCGUUUAG